AUGGAAUCGCGCUUCGGCCCAACCGCGACCGUCGCAACCCGCGCAACGCGCGACGCACGACCUCGGGUAUAUAAGCGCUUCACCUUCAGUCCCCUGCUCAGUUGCUUUCUUGUAUCGCAAGAGGGAGUUUUGACUACGCUGGACUUUGAGGACUUGAGUGACAGUGGAUCUGCUAUCUUCGCGUCGCUGCAAUUCUUCUUCUCUACUGGGACUCUUGACAUCAUGUCGUCGGUGACAAUGAUAUCACUCGCUAUCGUAGCUGUUCUCUUGGCAACAUGCACCUUGACCAACGGGUUCCAACCUAAGGCAGUUGAAAAAUACAGUCCUUUCUGCCCAAAGGGAAAGCUGGUGGGCUGGUGGAUACUUUAUGACUUUUCUUGUGAUGAUGUGGAUGAGUGUACCACGCGUGAGGGCAUCUGUGAUCAGGAAAUAUUGAAGCAUCCCUAUCCACUGUCUUGUAAAAACUCCAACGGUGGCUAUAGUUGCGAGUUGCCAGGCCCAGCCACAGGCUUACACUAUUCCGGAGACGAGAUUAUAAAAGAUGUUGACAACGGAGUUUUCAGAUUCCAGUGCCCAGAUGGAAAGUUUCCAUACUGCAACCCUGGCACUGAAUGCGAUUAUAGGAGAGGAGCAUUAGCCCCGCUUAAAUGGGAUCAAGACUCCAAACAAUAUAUAUUUUACAACGUGCCAACUUGCAGGCAACUAGCCAUAAAAACCUGCGCAGGCCUUAAAAUCUACCACAGCACAACGCGUGCCCAUGGUUGGAGUGGCUUAGCUUCCUCGUAUGCUGAUGCUGAGAAACAGUGCCAAGGUGGUGGAGGGUUUCAGCAAGUAAAUUUGGCUUUCUCGCAGAUGCAAUUUAACCAAGAUACACUCGACUGCCUCGCAGGAGCGACUAGGCGAACAUGGUUUAAGGAUCAUCAUUCCAUAGGGUACCCAGACAAAGCUAUAAGAUGGGAAGGUGCUGAUGCGAAAUUUCGAGCCCUCUGCAUCUCCCUUCACUAUAGACGCGACAUCGAUCGUUCGUCUCUCAAGCUCACGUUUAAAAACAGAGGUGAGUGCGAGUAA